AUGCGUUUAUUAGAAUGGGCACUUCUAGCUCUGUGCAUUCAUUUAGCACAGUCACGAUUCCAGACCACAGCUGCAGAGACCACAGCAGCAGAGACCACUACCGCAGAAGUGACAGUGGUGCCCUAUGGCGAUGAGCCCAUAACACCCAAGCCCAACUACGUGGACGAACCUUAUGCUCCAAAAUACGGAAAAUCAUCAGGGUAUGGCGGUGGUGAACAAGGUUCUGGCAGUAUUUCUCAAGGUGGGUAUUCUGGAAAUAUAAAAGUUGAACCAUCCGGAUACCGACACCGACGAAGAAGAGCAAACGAGUAUGGAGAUGAAAGUCUCACACCGCCCACGCCUCCUCCAGGAGAUGAGGAUUAUGCUCCUGCAGGCGAGGAAACUCCUGCACCAGCAGAUCAGGGGUACGGCCCAGACUUAGGUCCACCGGUUGAACCUGGAGGCUACAGAAGGAAGAAGAGACAGAGCGAAUAUGGAGAUGAAAAUGUGACUCCAACAACGAUUUCCAGUGGAGAUGAAUAUGCUCCAGCAACAGAAGAAACUUCAGCUCCAAUAGAUCAGGGAUAUGCAGCUAGCGAAGCUCCCCCAGUUGGACCUGGUGGCUACAGAAAGAAGAGACAGAGCGAGUAUGGAGACGAGAACAUAAAGGCUUUAUCAAAGUUAAACCAACUACUCAUUUGUUGGCCGGCCUCAAAGUUGCCAUAA